AUGACUACUUAUAUGUAUAAUAACUCAAGGUUACCUAUCAAUUUACCACAUCCACCUACCCAUUCAAACUUCAUUCCUCAUCACCACACUCAAUCUUUGGGUGCUCCAUUACAACAACAAAUCCCACCUAUCAACAACAAGUUCGGUUUCCAAAACCAACCUUACUAUAACCACGCUCACAGCAGCAGUUUCCAAGGUGUGACGUUACCUCCUCCUCCAGGCAUGGUUUACAACGGUUUGUCAAAUAUGCCACCUCCACAGAUUGUUGCUCCAAUGUUAAGACCAGCUCCAAUUUUAGCACCAGUCCCACAACAGCAACAACCUGUAGUCUCAGAACAAGUCAAUGGCGGUGUAAACCAAAUCCUGGAUUACGAUUUAGAUUUGAUGGCUGAAUUCAUCGUCAAGUACGCAAUGUUAGCCUUUGAUUCAGAAAGUAUCUACCAAUACGAUUCCAAGAGUCAAGUGGUCACUUUGUUCACAAAAGGGGUUUCCUCUGUACUAAACGCUACAAGAUUGCCUUCUGUUUCUAUAUUCCAAGCUUUGCAUUUCUUAUCCAAGUAUUUAGAUAAGUUACCAAAUGGUUCAAGUUCCAUUGGCGGUAACUCUGUCAAUGUCAUUUAUCAAAAUACAAUGAUUGCCUUUAUACUAGCCAAUAAGUUCAAUGAUGAUAAGACUUUUACCAACAAAUCUUGGUCAGAAGCAACAGGUAUGGAGUUGUCUACUAUCAAUGAAUAUGAAAGAAGAUGGUUAAACAUCUUCGAAUGGAGAUUAUUCGAUGAUAAGUUUAGUUUGUAUGAAGAUUACGUUUGUUCCUUUGACGUAUUUUGUCAAGGUAAAAGAUCAAAUAACACCGUCCCAAUUCAAUCUCAAUCCUACUACUCUUCUCCUUCUAAAUAUGAUAACAACCAUUUAUCUGUCGGUGCUAAAGGUUUUGAAACUCCAAACUAUUCAAAUUCUUCUUUGAAUUCUUCUCCAUUUCAUUACAACGACGAUGUAUUCGACUAUUACUAUAACCAAAAUCAACAAAAUUUAUCUACUUCGCCAAUUUCUCAACUAAGUCCAUCAGCUAAUGGUGAUUUUUCAAAUAAUUACAGUUGUAAUUUUAAAUAUGCUCCUCAAGCUAUGGGUAACAUGAUGAGUAAUCAACAACCAACAUAUCCAACUUGGAAUGCUGAAAUUCCAAAAUAUGGGAAUUAUCAAAAUGAUAGUUACGGGUUAUUUGACAAUCAAUAUUAUACUAGACCUGCGGUCUAUUAA